AAUAAAGAUGGCGCUGCGCGGUAGUCCAGUCAGACGAGUUCUUUGUUAUCACCUGUAAAACUAUGACCUGAAAAAAAGACACAUCCAAAAGCUAUAUUAUAAAACAGAAGACAUUCCAAUAAUAUCAGACUAGCCUGUCUUGGCAUUUGGGAAGUAAAAUGCCUUCUCCUAAAGCGCGGAGCAGCGGCAGUGUUCCGUGUACCGGUGGAAACGGGCGCUACGAGUUCAUUUCUCUAAGCCGAGCUCCCCCGCCGCAGCUGCUGCAGAGGCAGGGCUCUGAUCCCACUACGGCCCGGCUCCGAGCCUCCGAGAGCCCCAACCGACGACGCGGCUCGGGUUCGUCCACUUCUUCCACCGGCGGGCAGCAGUUACCGGAGGAAGACUGUAUGAAACUAAACCCGUCUAUCGUCGGCAUCGCGCUCAGCUCUCUGCUGGCCAUCGACCUGUGGCUGUCGAAGCGGCUCGGGGUGUGCGCCUGUGAGGACUCGUCCUGGGGCAGCGUGCGACCCCUCAUGAAGCUCGUGGAGAUCUCAGGACACGGGAUCCCGUGGCUGGCCAGUGCCGCGUACUGCCUGUACAAAAGCGACAGUGCCGCCGGUCAGGAGGUCAUGCUGAACCUGCUCAUGGCCUUGGUUCUGGACCUGGUCCUGGUCGGCGUGAUGAAGGCUGUAGUGCGGCGGCGACGUCCUGCCCAUAACCGUAUGGACAUGUUUGCCACAUUCUCUGUGGAUGGCUAUUCCUUCCCAUCAGGCCAUGCCACACGUGCUGCAAUGUGCGCCCGCUUUCUAUUGGCCCAUCUGGUGCUGGCGGCCCCACUCCGCGUUCUUGUCCUGCUCUGGGCCACAUUUGUUGGUUUUUCUAGAGUUCUCCUCGGACGCCAUCACGUGACGGAUGUCGUAUUCGGUUUCUUCAUGGGCUACUGGCAAUAUAAUUUGGUUGAGAUGCUCUGGUUGUCUCCAGUCAUGUUGCAAAGCACGAUUGGACGGCUUCAUUGAGAAGCUAAGACUGAGGUCCCCAUUAUUUGGAGGAUUUCUAGACACAUUCGGUUGCUGCCAGUAUGCUGGUAAUAAUUCCAUCAUGUCUGUCAAGUUGCUUUAUGUGUGUUUUUCACGUUUUCUGUGUCUUAACUUGAAUGUAAAAUCUCACAUAUCUUCAUUCAAGGUUUUAGGUUCACAUUAGAUCACACUGAACAGAUAAAUGAGUUUUAGCUGGAGAAGUGAAAACAGACUUUACUUCUUUUCCAUCACUUUUCCAUUUCUCUACUACUUCUGUCAAUACUCUGAGAUGCGAUAGAUUACUCCAGUCUUAAUUAAUCCACUGCCAUCCUGUUCUGCUCUUUUCAGGAUUGGUCCAUAUCAAAAAA